GCUCAUCGUAGAUUAUUUGGAAGCGUAAGGUCCAGGCCCUCCGACGCCCGCAGAUGCAUCCAAACUGGUACUAGUUUGGAAACUUCACGGGAUCCAUCACCAUGAGCAUGGGGGUCCCGGGAGCUCCAUCAAUAAGCGAAGAAGACGAAGUAGAAGAAGGAUGAGCAGCUGCACCAGCGGUUGUUAGCUCUCCUUGUUCUUGUUCGAUUCCCCUUCUCGCGUCCGGGGAGUCGCCACGCUGCAUGGAAGCUUCAAUUGCAGUUUGGACGCGCUUUUAAUUUGUUCCUAGGGUUCUUCAAUUUCCGCUGGUUACAAUUCGCGAAUUAGGAAUUUGGGGAAGAAAGGGGAUAUACAACAUCUAUACGUAAUGGUAGCUCAAAGGAUGGGAUCUCAGAGCUGCAACAAUGGCGAUUUCGUUACGGAAACCCUAAUUGGAACACAGGACGCCAAAUCGAACCCGUUAGGAUCAUCGUCGUUCUACAAUCUGACACUCGAUGAGGUGCAGAAUCAGUUAGGCGACGUCGGGAAGCCUCUAGGCAGCAUGAAUCUCGACGAGCUUUUGAAGAGUGUUUUCACCGCCGGCGACGAUUCCGGUCCGGCGCCGACUCAAUCCGCCGUACCGGAGGAUCUGAGCAAGAAGACUGUAGACCAAUUGUGGCAGGACAUCGAAAGAAGGAGUGGAAAUCUCGAGAGGAGGACGACGCUGGGGGAGAUGACAUUGGAGGAUUUUCUGGUUAAGGCCGGCGUUGUGGCGGAGUCGAAAUCAAAUUCCGGCGACACCAAUCCGGCGGGACUGCCGCCGCCGCAGUCGCGGUGGAUGAGUUAUCCGAUCCAGUUGACGAACCCUCAGCCCGUUUUCGUCCCCGGACAUCCGGUGCUUCAGCCGCAGCCGAUUAGCCCUCCUUCGAUCGACAGCGCUUUCGCCGAAGCUCAAAUGGCAAUGUCGUCUUCCCCGAUGAUGGGGAGUUUAUUCGACUCACAAACGUCGAGACGUAAAAGGCUUAAUCCGGAGGAUGUAGCUGAAAAAAGUGUCGAAAGGAGGCAGAAGAGGAUGAUCAAGAACAGAGAAUCUGCAGCGAGAUCGCGGGCUAGGAAGCAGGCUUACACUCAAGAAUUGGAGAACAAGGUUUCCCGGCUGGAGGAGGAAAACGAGCGACUCAAGAGACAAAAGGAAUGGGAGACGACGAUGUCGGCUACGACACCACAGCCGGAGCCAAAGUCUCAACUGCGUCGAACAAGCUCUGCCCCUACAUAAUGACGACGUCAGCAGCGUUCUACAUCGACUCUUCUUCGACCAUCUGUAGCAAACUAUACUUAGUUUCUUUCGAAAAAAAUUAACGGCUCGACUAGACUCGUUUCGACAACAGCCUCAGGUAUAAGGGCAUAUCCUCAAGUAAGCUUCAUGUAUGUGCAAAUUUAUAAUGUUGGCUUGCUGGGGAGUUUCUGAAUGAUUUCAGGCCUUUAUUUUGAUACCAAAUUGGGCCUGGGUCAAUAGGAGGCCCAAUAGGCCCAUUGGGCUUUGACACUAUUUAACAUAGAAUAUAUAUAUCAAAUUAUAAAUAUUUAAAUAA